CCGACCGCGCCGAGCACUGGGUGCGGCGGAUGGAGCGGGCGGGCGUGGCGCCGGGCGUGCUGACCUACAACUCUGCCAUCAACGCGUGCGCCAAGGCGGGCGAGCCCGUGCGCGCGGGCGGGUGGAUCCUGGAGAUGAAGGAGCGCGGCCUGGUCCCCGACACCGUCAGCUAUUCCACCGUCAUCCACGCCUGCGCGAAGGGGCGCGAGGCCCGUGCGGCCGCUCGCUGGCUCGAGGAGAUGCGCGCCGCGGCGCAGCCGCCCAGCGGCUUCUGCUACAGCUCCGUGGUGCAGGCCCUCGCGCGCGCUGGCCUGGUCGCCCCGGCCGCGGAGUGGCUCCAGGAGGCCAUCGGCCACGAACUGGAGGUCGGCGCUGGCUGCUUCAACUGCGUCAUCUCGGCCCAGCUGCGCGCCGGCAGCACCGAGGCCGCCGCCUGGUGGCUGGAGCAGGCGGCCCAGAGAGGCCUCGCCUCGGCCGUCAGCUUCGACGCCGUGGCGUCCGCGCUGCUUCGGGCGGGGCACAAGGCGCGCGCCGAGGCGGUCAGGAGGCGCAAGGCCCUCGCCGGCGCCGCCCCGCAGUGAGGGUCCCCCGCCUCGGGCGCCCGGGGGC